AUGGCGGCAAACAGCACCCUGGCGGAGCAGCUCUUCCAUGCCCCAGAUUGUGUGGGAUGGAAAACCUACAUGGAAGGGGCACUCUACCACCUGGCCUGCUUGAUCUUCCUGUUGGCGGUCAUGGGUGGCAGUGGAAUCCUUGGCUGCAUCUACGUCUUUGGGGUAAUGGCGGUCUCGUUCUGUUUAAUGGCGCUGUGGGGUUACCUGUUCGUCUGUGGCGUGGACAUUGUCACCUGGAACGGCAUCCUGAUGGUGCUCUGCCUGGUGCAGAUUGGACAUCUGAUAUACAGAUUACAUAGGGAGUCCUAUGGAGAAGACUAUGACGCUCUGUACCAAACCCUCUACCAGCCUAUGCAGGUUCCAUUGGAUGUCUUCAAGGAGAUCGCCCACUGUAGCGGGAUGGAGGUCCAUUCCCUGAGUGCCGACCAGAGUUAUGCCUUGGAGGGAAAGACGCCCAUUGACCGCCUGUCCCUUCUCAUCUCUGGAAGGGUGAAGGUCAGCCUGGAUGGGCAGUUCUUGCACUACAUCUUCCCCUAUCAGUUCCUGGACUCACCAGAGUGGGAAUCGCUUCGUCCCUCCGAGGAGGGGACAUUCCAGGUGACUCUGACGGCGGAGAUGGACAGCACGUACAUCAGCUGGCCCCGGAAGAAGCUCUACCUUCUCCUGGCCAAGGAGAAAUACAUCUCUCGGCUCUUCUCCUCGCUCCUCGGCUUCGACAUUUCUCAGAAGCUCUACGCCCUGAACGACAAGCUGUUCGCCAAGUUCGGCCUCCGCUUCGACAUCCGCCUGCCCAGCCUCUACCACGUGCUGGGGCCGUCCCCAGAGUUUGCCGGUGACGCACGACCUAUGGCCGAUCCCCUGGCCUCCCGCCUUCAUCAGGAUGACCCGCCCCUGAGGAAGGCCCCACCCCCGAGCAGCCGAGGUCCUCGGCCAGAGAGUGGCAACCUGGGUGAGGACUCGACCAGCCUCAUUCUAGACGAUUUUGCUGAGCUGCCUGGCUCCUUUAUGGAUUAUGGGAGCGAGGGGGAGUAUUUGAAGUGA